GUUGAAGUGAAAAUAAAUAAUAUUGAAUAAUAAACAAAAAUAGUACAAAUUAAGAGCAACAAAAAAUUUCAACGAAUAGGACAAUGAAAGGGCGAUUCCCCCAAAAGCGUUUGCUGUUUCGACGGUACAGCUGCUAUAAGCACAUUUUGCGGCCCAAUUUAAGACGCGGUAAAAAAAAGGCAAAAAUGGCUCAAAUCCAAGAAUACCAGGAGUACUUGCUGGACGCCCUCGAGGUCGUAGACUUCAAAUUGAUACGCGACAAGACGGACAUCCACAACGACGCUUUGAUUUUCCACCCCGCAAUGGCUCAUCAGAUAUUUGGCGAGACUGAGACCAUUUUCGGGUAUCAAGACUUGCACGUGCGCGUGCUCUAUACGGCCGGACCGUUGCACAUUUACUUGGGCGUGGAGUAUGGGAGUCGUGUGAACGAAGUGUCUGGCGGUGAAAUGAAUGCGGACGAUGUGGUCGCCACCAUUGCGCAGAGUUUGCCAGAUGGCUGCUACUUCAUCAACCUAGAUGAGUUUCUGAAGACGCUGGACAAGGCGGACAAGUUCCAGCCCUUCGGCGAGAAGAUCGGCGAGUACACACGGCCCUCUGAUGACGGCAGCGAGAGGCUGUUCGAGGUCUAUCAGUGUGACUACAAAGUUGCAUCUUUUUUGAAAUUCUUUGCGCGCCUGCAAACGUUCAUCCUGUGGUUCGUGGACGCUGCCUCCUACAUAGACACGGAUGACGCCCAAUGGUGCUACUUUGUUUGCUAUGAAAAGUAUAAGAACGGCGAUGGCCAGUAUCAGUAUGCCACAGCAGGGUACACAACCGUGUACGAGUACUAUGCCUAUCCGCAGAACAAGCGGCCAAGGAUUAGCCAAAUGAUGAUAUUGCCCCCCUUCCAGAAGCUGGGUCUGGCCACGCAACUAGUCGAAACUAUAUACAAGUACUACCAGUCGCAGAAGAACGUGGUGGACAUCACUGUUGAGGAUCCGUCGGAGGACUUUCAGCGGCUGCGAAACUUUGUGGAUGCGCGCUUCUGCAGGGAGCUAAAGUCAUUUGCCCGCAUCGAGAUCGUCAAGGGCUUCAGCAAGGAAAUGGUGAGGGAGGCUCGCGAAACACUAAAACUUAAUCCGCGACAGGUGCGAAAGGUAUACGAGCUGCUGCGCCUAUACUAUACCAAUGUGAAUGAUGACAAGGAGUACAGGAACUAUCGUCUGGAGGUAAAGAAGCGCCUGAAUGCAGUAUACUACAAGCAGAUAAAGGACCUCAAGAAAAUGGAGCGCCACAAGAUAGACACGGAAAUGAUGCGAGCCCGUUUGCCCAACAUGAAGCAGCGUAUACAGCAGCUUCAGGAGGAAUACGCCGUGGUCGAGCAGGACUACAAUAAUACCAUUGCCAAGCUGAAUGCCUAAACGAAGGAAUGGGUGUCGAGUAAUUUAUUUUUCGUUUUUCGUUCUAAAUAUGUUGAUUACAAAAUACAUUUUGUUGCUAUAAGCCUUCUGUAGGAUUCUGUCGAAUAAAUAUUAAAAAUUA